AUGCCUCCUCUGCCGCCUUCAGCAGACCCUCUCCCCCGGCUAGUCACAUACUACCAAACUCAUCAUGACUCCUCAGGAAAUCUCAUCUCUACGCUGCCCCUCAUCACACAACCAGGCAUCUCCAUCACUCACGUCAUUGUCGCUGCCAUCCACAUAAACGAAGACCCUGAGAAGAUCACGCUGAACGAUUAUCACCCGUCUCAUCCUACCUUCCAGACAAUGUGGGCCGAGCUGCGUAUUUUGCAAGCUUCGGGCGUCAAGGUCAUGGGCAUGUUGGGCGGUGCUUGCCAAGGGAGUUAUGCACGUCUAGAUGCUGACGAGAACACUUUUGAGCGAUUCUACUGUCCUGUGAGAGACAUGAUUCGAGAAAGGGCGCUCGACGGCUUGGAUCUAGAUGUUGAGGAGGUAAUGUCACUGGGUGGAAUCGUGCGAUUAAUCGAUCGUCUACGCAGCGACUUUGGACCAGCUUUCAUCAUCACUCUCGCCCCCGUCGCCAUGUCUCUGAUCGACUUCAGAAGGAAUAUGAGUGGGUUCGACUAUGAAGCUCUGGAAGUCAUGCGCGGUCGCGACAUUGCCUGGUACAACACCCAAUUCUACUGUGGAUGGGGAGACUGCAGCAACCCACUCAUGUAUGAUCUCAUGGUCCAAAAGGGCUGGCCGCCGGAGAAGAUCGUCAUUGGACUCCUGACCAACCCUGAGAACGGACACGGUUAUGUGCCGUUCAACCCUCUCGGCAUGGUGCUGACGACGCUGCGGGGCCGGUAUGGAAACUUUGGUGGUGUGAUGGGGUGGGAGUACUUCAACGGUUUGCCUGGAGGAAAGGGGAGACCUUGGGAGUGGGCGAGAGAGAUGACCAAGUUGUUGAGAGGUCACAUCCUCUCAGAGCCAGCACAGGUGACACAGCCAACCCAACAGCAGCAGCCUGUCCCAGUGGAGAGUGCCCCUAAGAAAAAUAAGGAGGUCGAUCCAGAUACACCAGGUGGAAACGACGUACCACUACCGAAGCAGUUUGACUACUACACGGAUGGCUCCGAUGCAUAG